GAUCUUCAUCAAGUUGCUUCCAGUUGCGAGUUGUGUCAAAAGAAGAGUCUAUGGGCUAGGCGCAGAUGGCUGGGCCUGGGCUGGAACCAUAACGAGCUUAAUUAAGCGAAGUAGUAAAGGAUGACCUGACGGACUACCAAUUAGGUUUUCAGAAAAGCGCCAUAUAAAUUCAGCUUGGAGAUAGUGAAAAUAUAGCUCUCAAUUGUCUCAGCUCAAUUCGCUAGGCAUCGCAGUAUAUCCCAUGAGUUGUUGAUCGAAUCUCAAGUUGACAACGCCACGCUGGUCUAGUACCAGUGGUAAGAGUGGCAAUUGUAGGGAGUAUAUAACUUCGAGGUGGGCAUGGAUGCGAAGGAAAUUGAGAACAAAAUGCUGGCAACAAAUUCCUGUUACAUGUUCGGCCUCGAAUUUGACGUUGCGUAGCUGCAAAAUGGGAGCCUUCAACAUCGCAAACAAGGUUAUUCUCGCCGCCACCUAUUUCAUAGCAGUAUGUCUGGCAAUCGAGUUCACCUCGACUGAGAUCGACAUAUCGCCUGGUGAGCCCUUCACGCUGAGCUGGGCAGACGCGAAUGGCCCUGUCGUGAUUACGUUGUUAACCGGACCAUCCACCAACAUUAAACCAGUUGAAGUGAUAUAUUCAGGAUCAGGAAAUUCAUACAUAUGGACACCGCCCAACGAUCUCCCGUCCGGCCUGUAUGCGUUUUCCAUCGAAGAUGACGAAAAUCUUAAUUAUUCAGUGCAGUGGCCUUAUGAGGCGGGCGAUACUGCAUCUGGGGGAACCUCGUCCUCGCCUUCGUCUACGAUAAGGACCACAACGACAACGCCGACCCCAACACCUGAGCCUGAGCCUGAGCCUGAGCCAGCGCCAACCACUAAUACAAGGCGGCCCACCACGACGAUGCAGACUAUGACGACUACACAAGUCACGUCAGCUCAAGAAGAAACCUCGUCGACGAGCACACGGACGGCGGAGUCAUCAACAUCGCCAGAGCCUACUCCCACUGGUGAUGAUUCAGAACAAACUUCGCUAAGCAGUGAAGCGACGAGUUCGACGGUUGUCAUACCUAGCCCAUCGGAAUCAUCAAAUGGUCAGCCAUCUGAUUCAACCCCAGACAGCGCCUCUAAUACCGGCGAAUCCACUGCUGAAUCUCAGAACUCAACCGCUAGUGGCCUCAGUCUUGGCGCCAAAGUAGGCAUCGGCAUCGGUGCGGGCGUAAUUGGCAUCAUCUUGGCGGUUCUGGCCGGGUUCCUGAUCUACCGUCGCGGCAAAGCGGCUGGCAAGCGGGACGUGGACGACAGUAAUAACAGCAACUCAGAUCUCAAGCCCGAGCUAGGCGGAAAUCCCGUGUACUAUCCGGAAUUGGGAGGUCAAGGCCGCGUCGAGAUGGGCGGUGAUCCGCGACUCGCAGAGCUAUGGCAUGGCAAUUACGACGAAUGGCGAAGGCAGCCGAAUGAGCUAGAUGGCUCUCCGCAUUCCUAUCGGGGUGCCGAUGUUGGGAAAACGUAGGUAAAAAUGGAGGUAGUCCAUUAUAUAUUGUGUUUGAUUUCAGAGUGUGCUGUUUCAUACCUGGAUACUGCUUCUAAAGAAGCCAU